AUGUCACGGGGGCUUUCUUCGGAAGACAUCAAUGUAGUAGCACCCCUCCUAUCUCCAGCUCGGGCAGCUCAUUUCUUCGGGGCGAAGUAUAUCUUGUCUUCAUCAAUUCUUCGUCAGGCGAAGGAGCCGACCGAAGCUCUCUGUCCAACGACGCCCAGGAUACCGGCGGUGCUAUAUGCGGGUCUUCUCGGCCAGGGAUCUGGAAAUGCCAUCGUCGAUGUCUUGUAUGGUGAUGUGAACCCUAGCGGCAAACUGAGUCACACAAUCGCCAAAAAGAGGGAGUCGGACAAUCCCACUUCAGUCUUCGAGACUGAAAACAGCGCUUUCAAAGAAGGAUUCUAUGUCAACCAUCGCUGGUUUGAUGCGAAGAACAUCGAGCAUCGCUUCCCCUUCGGCCACGGAUCGAGCUAUACCACCUUUAACUAUGGCGAUGUGAGCGCUAAGGUGACUAACUCUUCGGCAUUGUCAUCCAAGUAUCCGACAGAGACACUUAAUGAUCCCAUCCAAAUUAUCACGACGGUCAAGUAUACCGGUUCUCUGCAAGGCAGGGAGAUGGCCAGCUGUAUGUGA